AUGGGUGAUGUGACAAAUACAACCGGACUCUGCAGUCUACAAGGAAAUUUGGAAACUUGGAUACAUAGUCAUUUGUGUAUAACAUACAGCAAACUCAAGUAUGUGGAAAGGCAGACAAACAUCUCAGAAUUCGUACUUCUAGGACUUUUGUAUGACCAGAACAUAGAAAUAUUUUGCUUUGAUCUCUUCUUAUUCUCUUAUGUUGCCCUGUUGGCAGGAAACCUUGUGAUCCUUGUCUCCACUCUAUGCAGCCCUCUUUUUCACCAACCAAUGUAUUACUUCCUCAUCCACUUAUCCUCCAUGGACAUCUGCUACACCUCUACUGUUAUACCCAAGUUAAUUGCUGACCUGUUAGUAGAAACGAAAACCAUCUCCUAUGAUAAUUGCAUGUUACAGCUCUUUGCCAUGCACUUCUUUGGGUGUACUGAGGUCUUUAUCCUUACACUCCUGGCCUUUGAUCGCUAUGCUGCCAUUGGCAGACCUCUCCACUACAUGCUUAUCAUGAACAGGACAAGGUGCAAUCUCCUAGUCUUAGCUGCUUGGGCUGGUGGCGCUCUCCAUGCUUUUCCUCAAUUAUUGAUGACAAUCCAAUUGCCAUUUUGUGGUCCUAAUGGACUUGAUCACUACUUCUGUGACAUCUUCCCUCUGCUGAAAGUUGCCUGCACUGAUACCUACAUGACUGGGUUCCUUGUGCUUGCCGAUUCAGGUAUCAUCACAUUAGUUGCUUUUGUUGUUUUGCUUGUUUCAUAUGUCGGUAUAUUAUUUAGUCUAAGACAUCACUCAGGUGAAGGAAGACAGAAAGCCCUCUCCACCUGUGGGUCUCAUAUCACUGUGGUCGUCUUAUUUUUUGG